UGCCGCCCGGCCAAUACCGAUCUGUCAGAUGACGUCAUAGCGGCGGAACUUGCUACAGGGUGUCAGGGGGAGCCGGUAACAGGCGGUGCGUAUCGCUCGCUGAGGGCCCUGAUUGGAACCGAUAACGGACGGGCCGAAUUGGGAUUGAGAAUGGGAGAAUAGUUCGGCCGCAAAGCUAUUUAGAAGCGGAGGCUCUGUACGUGUGGGAGCGGCCGAACCGCACAGCAUGGAUAAAGCCUUCAGGGAGUUUGCGGCGCAGAUCGGAGCGUAUCCAACAGCGGCAGCGGCAGAGUCGCCACAGACAGCGAACGACUGGGAUUUCCUGGACAUAGACAUGGAAGCUAUAGACCUCCGGUCCCUGCCCACUGCCCUCAUCGGCUGCAGCCUGGACCCCACUGUCUUCUACGAUGGGCUCUACCGGACAAAAUUUGAAUCGCUCUUUAAGGCCUACGACAAGGAAGCCACCUUUCAGUAUUUUAAGAGCUUCAAGCGGGUGAGGAUCAACUUUAGCAAUCCCAUCUCUGCGGCCGAGGCCAGGAUCCAGCUGCACAAAACCGAGUUCCUGGGGAAGGAGAUCAAGUUAUAUUUUGCUCAGACGCUGCACAUAGGAAGCCCCCAUCUUGCCCCACCAAAUCCAGAGAAGCAGUUCCUGAUCUCCCCUCCCUCCUCACCUCCCGUGGGUUGGAAGCAGAUGGAGGACACAAGUCCCGUGAUCAACUAUGACCUGCUAUACGCCAUCUCUAAACUCGGCCCAGGAGAGCAAUACGAAUUGCAUGCUGCAACAGACACGACUCCAAGCGUUGUAGUUCAUGUCUGUGAGAGCGAUCCAGAGAAUGAACUGGAAAUCGAGGAAGAUGAAGAUGGUAUGAGCAAGCCCAAGCCAAAAAUCAUCCAGACAAGGAGACCAGAGUAUAUGCCUAUCCAUCUAAGUUGAAGUGGGGUCGGCAGCAUUUUGCGGUGAAACCCAAUGAACUCGUUGAAAUCUUUUACUGCAGGAAACGGCAGAGCGCGGUGUAGGACAGCUGCGGUAGUGGUCUGACUUUGUCAGUCGGCAGAACCAAACCAGGACGUUUUGUGUUUGCUUUUAUUUUUUUGUAUACGCCGAAUGCCAAUGUAACAUUUGGAAUGUCCCGCCGGGUUGAUGGAAACGUGGAAAAAAACUGAAGCUUCACGAGCAUAUUUAGCUUGAUUAUUCUUUUCUAGAGGGUCUAGGAAAAGUGGAACUUUAAGGGCCCCUCGUUUGCUGGAAGUGCGGAACCAGGAAUGUCGUCGAUAUAACGUCACUGCGGUGUAUUGUUGGAGAGACUGUGCCCAAGCACACAGUAUAGGACGCCAUAUCUCCAUCUUGUAUGAUGGAACCUUUUCAUCGUUCCAGAACAAGAGGAGAAUGGAUCAAUGUGGUUUUUUUUUUUUGCAUGUAGACUAUAUGAUUUUUUCUAAAUAUUCUACUUUGUGUUAACAGCUGCUUACUUGGCCCUGCGAAAUCCAAACCCUGUUAUGUGAUCACAAAAGGUAGAACGCAUGGUCCAUUAUUGGGAAACACUGUGGCACUACAGGGAGGGCCCCUGUUAUGUUUUCUAGCGAAUGAACUGUAAUGUACGCUUUAACGCAAGGGAAAAUGUGCUUAGGUUUCUGUUUCUCUAUAGGGAAAUGUGUAAUAUAGAACUAAAGCCAGGCUGGCAAGCUCGCUUAUAAGUUACACGCUGAAAUAGGGCACAAUGGGAUUUUGUAAUUGUGGGAUAUACAUGUUGGUGGCUGCAGGGUGAGCCUAUUGCUUUACCUGUUGCAAUUCUGUCUUUCUUGACAAGAACUGAAUGAAUUUAAAGUGUUAUUAAUUCAUAUCAGCCAUUUUUUUCUUGUCUUAGACUUAGCCUAUAGCCGGGGAGUAAGCUAUCAAUGGCAUUACAGGCAAGCCAAGGUGGAGCUUUAGAAAUCAAUCCAUUGGGUAAAUGCGGCUAAGCCCCAUACCCAAAAAAUAGAAUAUGUUUAAGAUUUAACUAUGGUGGUAAAGGAAUGUGACUCGCGGGUGGUCAUUUUUUGGGUAAUCCAGUGCCUUUCACUUUGGUUAUGAAUGGGGGGGUAUCACAGUGUUAGAACCGCUGUACCUAUUGUAUCCUUCCCCAGUUCUAUUUCCCUCAUCUGCCUGUUCUGAUGACAAGCUGGCAUUGCAGCCCCAAUACAGGUUUUGCUUUGCCAUACUCUGCCCGCCCAGAUAAUGAGGGUAACGUUGGCAGCACCUUCUGUGUCUUGUAAUAAACCAGAUAAAUACCUCCCAUUGUAAUAGGCCUCUGGGCACCCCCCAUGUAGAGCGAGAGAGGUUUCUACGUGUGUUGUGUAUUACGUCUGGUUACUACUCAUUCACAUUGUUUUUGAAGUCUGCUUUUAAACUGGAAGUUUGAAUCUCUCUUUUCUGUUUUAUAUUCACUUGUAUUAAGAUAAUAAACUUCCUUUGUUAUUAGAAUGUAUAUUA